UCUGCGACUUCUGCUCCCCUCUCACUUCCGUCUCCACUAGUUUUUGCAUCCUCCGCUUCUAUAUAUGUCUGUAUAUGCACAUGCCAACACCGAUCCCAGAUUUCCUUGAACCCACUUCGCACGGUUCUGCUACUUAUUUGCUAUACGAUAGAUGAUGGAGGGCUCGACGAGGGGUCACCAGGUUCCAGCGUUUGGGUACUGGGAUCACCGUGAUGAACUCCCCAUCACCCGGUGCUUUGAGCUUGCAGUGCAGGCUGAGUGGAUCCGAGGCCAUUGUCGUAGCGAAGAUGGUGAUCUCUUUAAGGUGGCAGCCCCUGCAGAGACACCAGCUUGUUGUGAUCACCACCACAGAAAGGUGAAGAAGGGUGGCUGCAUAGGAAGAGAGAAGGAAGAGCUGCAGAAGAAGCAAGGGAGGGCUACAGCUCCCAAGGCCGUGGACGAGGACUUGUACAAGAUCCCACCUGAACUCCUCCACUACCAAAAGCCCAAGCGGGCGAGGAUGUUCAAGAAUCUGUGGUCGGGAUGUAUGGGACUCGACAACGUUGCCUGAGAGGAUGUGAGGGUGCAUUCCAUUGCAUCGCAUGCGGAAAAGCUUCAGCACCGAAAGGGAUAUAUUAAUCCUCGAUGUUUCACUUGCUACUGUUGUCUCUUUCUCCUUUAGAUCACUGUGAUAGAUAUGAUGUAUCUUAUCUUCUCAGUAAGAAGCAUUU